AGCAGCAGCAGCAGCAGCAGCAGAUCAGCGCAUGUGCCUCCGAAAAAAUUACCACCAACUCACCAUCCAUGAUCUGACCAACCCUGGUUGGAGCUCUCAGCUUCGGACUCUGUGCUCAAUCCUCCAUCUUCACCCAACAGUACCGAGGCCGCCAUACUGCUACUACUUGUCGGCAAGUGAAUACUGUGACGAUCUCCACUUGGCCCUGCCUUGCCUCCAUUCGCCUGCAUUGAUCUACUCCGGUCCUCGUCGACGCGUUGAUAUGAACAAUGAGAGGGUCUUAUUUUCCAAGACGACCCACCCCCGUAAUCUCGGAGCAAAAAAGGAGAAAACUAACCGGCGGUAUCCGACUGCGCAAUUGGGUGGGAUGGGUGGAGAGGGGGACUGGGGGGGGACUAGCAGCCGUGCCCUUCGCUAUGCCAGCUGUGUCUCAUUGAUCUGCUGCUGUCUGUGCCUGUGGAUGCCUUGUACUGUAGGCUGUAGGCUGUAGGCUGCUGCGGAAUACAUUUUACGGCAUUCUGUUGAUCAACUCCCCAGUGACCACAGAGUGCCACAUCCAGGUGCCUCAUUCGGCGAUAUGAUGUAAUGCCGAUGUCAUGUAUGUCGCCGCCCAGGCCAGAGCCAUGCCG